AUGGAAGAUGAAGGCAAUGUCAAAAUUGUUUCCACAAUGUUGACUGUGCAUUUCACAAAGCUAUAUGUGGAGUUCUGUGACAUUGAAAAGGCAGUAAAAACACAAACAUCUGAAGAAGAAAUAAUUCAGGAUCAGACUGUGUGGUCUGAGCCAAAGUCGAACAAGUUUAAAUACUUAGUGGUAAAGGAGGAGGACUGGAAAAUGGGGUUGCAAUGUCAGUGUGAAGAGGCACAGAAAUGUGACAGUGAGAUCAUACCGACUGAUAGCAUUUCAAUGAUCGUGACUUCCUCUCACAGUAAAAGAAGACAGAGGAGUUACCUCUGUCCAUUCAACACAUCAGCUGACAUUGAUUCUAAGUCAGGUUCUAACAUCUACAUCUGUUCCACCCUGCCUCUCGAUGAUGCUGCCAAGGCAUUUGGACAAGUUCAUUCUAACCACAAGAAAGUGGCUGCAGAUGGAGAAAUCCGUGAAGAGUCCUUAAUACAGGAGUCUGCAUCCAAGGAGGCUUACUAUGAACAGAGAGUUUUGGAGCUUCAGACAGAGCUUAAACAGUUGCGUAAUGUUCUGGCCAAUGCCCAGUCUGAGAAUGAUCGGCUCACCUCUGUUGUUCAGGAGUUGCGAGAGAACAAUCAGGUGGUGGAGCUGCAACGAACCCGCUUGCGUGAUGACAUCAAGGAAUACAAAUUUCGGGAGACUCGCCUUUUGCAAGACUAUACAGAACUUGAAGAAGAAAACAUUUCCUUGCAGAAACAAGUAUCCAUCUUGCGACAAAAUCAGGUUGAGUUUGAAGGUUUAAAACAUGAGAUUCGAAGGUUGGAGGAAGAGACAGAGUUUCUUAAUAGCCAGCUUGAUGAUGCUAUCCGGCUUAAAGAAAUUGCUGAACGUCAGCUGGGAGAAGCCUUGGAAACUAUCAAAACAGAGCGGGAGCAAAAGAACAACCUGAGGAAGGAGCUUUCACAUUACAUGACUAUCAGUGACUCUAUGUACAACAGUCCUUUGAGUAUCUCGCUGGAUGGGCUUAAAUUCAGCGACGACGCUUCAGAGCCCAACAAUGAUGAUGUCCUCAAUGGGUAUGAUAACAGUACGAUUGCAAAGAUCAAUGGUAGUAGUGAGAACAAGAUGUCUGCAUCAAAGAAAAAUGACCUUUUCCAGCCAGCACCUAGUCUUGUCAAUGACCUCCUCAGUGAGCUGAACAUCUCUGAAAUCCAGAAGCUUAAGCAGCAGUUAAUGCAGGUGGAAAGGGAAAAAGUGAAUUUGCUGUCCACUCUGCAGGACUCUCAAAAACAACUAGAGCAUGCACGAGGGGCACUGUCAGAACAGCAUGAAAAGGUUGGCAGACUCACUGAGAAUCUCAAUGCUAUGAAGAAGCUGCAGGCCAGCAAGGAGCGCCAAUCUGCACUAGAUAAUGAGAAAGAACGUGACAGCCAUGAAGAUGGUGACUAUUACGAAGUUGAUAUUAACGGCCCUGAAAUUUUAGAAUGCAAGUAUAAGUUGGCUGUGGCAGAAAUUGGAGACCUCAAAGAGGAACUGAAAACAUUGAAAACCAAGUACGACGAAUAUGAAUCCAAGUAUGAGGAAGAAAAGAGUCGCAGAGAGAAUGAAGUGCAGGCCUUGACAGAAAAACUUGCCUCCUUAGAGAAGACUAAUCGAACAGACAGAGACCAGGUAGUGAGGCUUGAGAAGGAGCUCAGAAAGGUGAGUGAUGUUGCUGGUGAAACACAGGGUAGCCUUAGUGUGGCCCAGGAUGAACUGGUUACUUUCAGUGAAGAACUUGCAAACCUCUACAACCAUGUCUGCAUGUGCAACAAUGAAACACCAAACAGGGUGAUGCUGGAUUACUACAAGGAAGGAAAAGGUGGACGCACCAGCCCAGAGGGUCGAGGUCGCAGGUCCCCUAUCUUACUCACAAAAGGACUUUUCCCCGAGCCCCCAAAAGUUGAAAAUGGUAAUGGGGAUAGCACUCCAUCUCCUGUCUCCUCUCUUCCAUCCCCUGUGUCAGAUCAUCGUAAGGAACCAAUGAACAUCUAUAAUCUGAUUGCCAUUAUCAGGGACCAGAUAAAACACCUGCAGACCGCUGUGGACAGGACCACUGAGCUCUCCAGGCAAAGAGUGGCAACACAUGAGCUUGGUCCAGUGGUGGACAAAGACAAGGAAGCUUUCAUGGAGGAAAUCCUCAAGCUGAAAUCUCUGCUGAGCACUAAGCGUGAACAAAUUGCUACUUUGAGGACUGUGCUCAAGGCAAACAAGCAGACUGCAGAGGUGGCGCUAGCUAACCUGAAGAGCAAAUAUGAGAAUGAGAAGGCCAUGGUAACUGAAACAAUGAUGAAGCUGAGAAAUGAACUGAAGGCCCUCAAGGAAGAUGCUGCCACAUUCUCAUCCCUAAGAGCUAUGUUUGCUACUAGGUGUGAUGAGUAUGUCACCCAGCUUGAUGAAAUGCAGCGACAGCUAGCAGCCGCUGAAGAUGAGAAGAAAACUCUGAACUCAUUGUUGCGCAUGGCAAUCCAGCAGAAGCUGGCUCUCACUCAGCGACUGGAGGACCUAGAGUUUGACCAUGAGCAGUCAAAGCGGGGUGGGCGUAGCAAGACCACAAGCAAGAGUAAAACAGCCUCAUCCAACCCUAAUGUAAGUCACGGGCGCUCCUGCGCAGUCAGGCCCGAAGCGUCCGUGCUUAAUAACCAGGUCUUCUGCAGCGAAAAAUAUAAAAUCUGUUGCGACUAAAAAAGCACAUUUGGAGGUGUAGUCUCGUGGUGUUUCUACACCUUGCAUAGAUGUAAAGCCCCACACUACAGUGAAUUUGUGUUGGUUUGCUGUCAUAACUGUUUGGCUACUACUAGUUGUUGUUGUCUGCUAGAAAAAUGUGUAUAAGAAUGCUGUUAGCCAGCUGGUAAAAUUAUAUGGCAUGAAAAUAGCUCUUUGCAGAUUAGCACCUGUGCCUUGGCAUUGCUAAUGAAAGUAGUGGCUUCAACCUAACUUUUAGCUCCCUCUCUGUAGUGUAGGGCUGCUCCUUUGGGGCUUGUAUCUUAGUACAUGUUCUACUGAGAUGUUCUUUGUCAUCCCAUUAGCCUGCUGCCAAUGCUGUCCACUACGCUAAGGCCAUUUGAUUUGUCCUCGCUUACCGAGUUGUAACAGUACUUCAGGGUAUCGAUGCGUGUGACGCUGUAUCAGCAUUUUUGCAAGGCUGAAAAUUAUUGAAGGUGAACUGCCUCCUUUUCUGAUUUAACUGAAGAGCAUCAGGGUUCAUUGAUGCCCCACAAAUAAGAAGGAUAUUGCUUUCUGUGGAUCUUUUUUUUUUUUUUUUUUUAUAACAGUUUUGACCAUGUUAAAGCCUGUGUCAAAUUUAGCAGUUUGUUACUUUACACAUUACUUAAAAACAAGUAUACUGAUGUCAGGUCCACAGUUAUGCAGCACAUGAUAAACUUAACUUCUCUCUGUUUUAUAAAUGGAAACAGUCUGCACGUAAAAGAAAAAGCUGGAUAAAAUAAUGUUUUGUAUUUGAAAACAGACCAAAGCCAUAAUGCUUAUUUUUUUCUGUCUUUUCAUUUUGUGUGAAAUGCGUUUUAGCUUUGAUCAGUUGUUAUUGCAUUCUAGUUUUGCGGUUUACUUAUGGAAAGCUCAUCCUGAAACCGGAGUGCAUCUAAUGCUGUUGCACUUGUUUACAGUUCAGCAUAUGCAAAGAGGUUUUGUUUUUUUUUCUUCUUAAAUUUAACGCCAUAGCCUACUGGCUAUGGUAAUAUUAAUGGGUUUUGAUUUAAAAUAAUUGACAACAGGCUUUACUUGAGCAUUGUUAAAUACUUUUGAAGAUUUUCUAACUUACCUUCACUGUUUCUUAAAUUACCUUGUGGGGGCAAAAGUAGUAUAGCGCUCUUUCUUUGGUGUAAAAUUGCAUAACUGCCUCUUGUUCACGUGGCAGCUGGUAUAUCUGAGUAUUGUCAGGAGCAUGGAGCAUUGCUUUUCAGUAUUAUAGUUAAUGCUACUUGUGCGUCUUGGCUCAAUAUUAUAAUGCUAAUAUUAAUGCAAAAUGUAUACUGUUUAAUGCAAGCACAGAUACCACAGGGCUCUACAUUACACUUUGGAGUUAGCAAAACAGCCCGUGUAAUGAAUUCUCUAUGUGUCCCCCAUAACUUGAUCACGUUAUGGGAGAAUUUAAAUAAUAGCCAUUCAGAUUCAAUCAAUAAGAAUUAUUUAAAAAAAAAUGUUAAAGUGUACUUCAAAAUUGGUGCCUAUAUUUGUUUAUCAAAAAAUAACUGAUGUGAAAUCCAAAAAAAAAAAAAGCCAAAAGCAAAAAAGUAUAAUUGAUUUUGAUUAAUAAUUAGUCUAUUUUGUCUACAGUUAUUUCUAAUCUCACGAGCACAAAGAGGCACAUUAUUUUGAAUUAAAAACAAAUCAAAUUAUGUUACAUGAAAAGUGCCUGUUCCUCAAGUCAUUUACCAUUUAAAUGUAAAGCCCUGUUACCUUUUGGUUUUCCUGCAGACGCUGGUCGUGUGUGUGCGUCUCCUGUAUGUCUUUCUUUGAUUGUCUUACCCUCCUAUGCUUCAGUCCCUCACAUGGAGGCAGCAGACUGCUAAGCACUUGGCUCUGUUUCUUUCUGUUUCUCUUUGUCUGCUCCGUUACAUGACUACAAUUUCUUUUAGAUCGUCAGCAGCUUGCUUCCUCCACAUCACCGCUCUACCUAUAUUUAGGAAGGAGAUGCCUCCAUUAUUAACGUUAAGGUAACUCCUGAGCCAUCUUGCUUCGUAGAACUAUUGAGGCUUUAAGCUGCCUGUAACAAUUCCCUUUAAUGCCGCUGGACGUUGAAGCCAGAAAAUGCAAGAAAUCUUUUUAUUGCAUUGUUAUCUAGCAUUUUGCAUUAUUAAACCUAUGUCUUUAGCCUGAGGCAUCUUUAUAAGAUUAAGAAAUUUGAUCAGAUUUGGCAAAAAAAAAAAAGAAAUCAAUGAUAAUGCCUAAAGCGAAACGAGCCUCAGUUUACAGAAACUGAGUGGUUUUUAUCGGGCUCUGAGUUGGGGAAAAAAAGAUGUAAUUAGUAUUACUUAAUGAGAAAAUAAAAUUUUAUACACCAAUUCAGUGAACUUUUUCAGGCUCUGUACUGGAAACCAUAUCAAUCAGAUUUAUCAAUUCAUGAAUAAUGUUCUUUCUGAAAAAGCAUCAGAAGUAAACCAGCUGAAGCAAUAGCUUUAUAGUUAUUUGUAGAUAUUUUCAGCUUCUGUAUGGAUAUGCAGAUCUCAUUUUUCAUAAUAUGCUGACACCUCUGGCGUGCAGAUCCUAACGUACACAGUCAUAGUCCGCCUGCUCAUUUACUUGUGAAUGUUAGCUUUAAUAUAUAAACUUAAAUAAGGAAGCAGGGUUGAAACAUGAAAGGUGUAAAAUAGGGAAAUUAGAACACAUAAGAUUUUUUUGUGAUACAGGUACGAGUAUUUUAAUUUGUUGUUUAAUAUUGUUGAAUAAGGUUACGCUGUUUUCAAAACUGUAUUAAGGGUUUACUACUAAAGUAGCUUAAUCAGAUAUUUUAAAAUCCUAAUUCUACUAAAACAAAGGAACUCAUGAUUAGUGGUUCAUUUUGUUGAAGACAACUGUGAUGUUCAAUCCUGCUUUCAAUUAUGCUGCAUAACCCUCAAAGGCCUUCUAUCUCAUAUUUUGUGCGUAUUUUUUUUAAUGUUUGCAACUACUAAUGGAUAUUAUAUCCGGCAUUGAAAGCUGUGUUUGGUAAAUUGCAUUUUUUAAUAUAAGGGCUGAUUGCUCUUGUGUCAUGAAACCAGCCUGUAUGUGACAUUAAAUUUAAAGCAAAAACUGAGAUUUGCAGAUGGUGGGAAGGGCCUGGGAUCUGACAGUCAUUUUGAAAUGUUGUGGAAAAUGUAUAGCUUUUUUACUCAUUGUGUCAAGUGUGUUUAAAUAGCUACUCUAGGCAUUGCUUCAAAGUUAUCUGCUCUUUCACAUUAGCACCUUCAAAGCCCAACCAAUGGAGUGGCAAACAUCUACAAAGGUAGAAUCUGAUUCUUGCCGAGAACUUUGAACCAAUGUCUCCAGUUUGGACCCAGCAUGUGAAAUUGCUUACUACCUCUCUGCUUUCCAGCUUUUUUAAGUUAAUGUGAUCCGAUUCAUUUUUGAUCUAGCAGGCUGCAUGCAAACUCAACCUGCAUGGUCACCUUUCCUGAGUGUGAUGAGUGAGUGAGCGAGCGAGCGAGUGAGUGAGCGCUUGUGUGUGGCUCUUUUCCAGUGCAUGAGCAGCUUGUCGGGUUCAGCACUUGAGACGUGGGCUUCCUGCACGCAGCUUUUGUCCAACAACAAGCUUUCCUGUAUAACAGCCUCGAUGCUUGCCUUUAUUUGAGGCAAAAGAGACACUCCUCUGUCAGCUGCCUUUAACUUUGGAAGCUAACAUGCAUCUGUGCCUCUUCAUUCACUAACCCAGAUGCACCAAUGCUCUUCUCUGGCCUUUAGUCAGCAGCAGUCAAACUUUGUUUUUUUUUUUUUUUUAAGUAUUUUAACUCUUUUGUUUUUAUUUGUGUUUUGUUUUUCUUUAUUUUUGCAGUAAUAGGCUAGAUCCUGGAGAUGGACAUUUCGGCUGAAAGCAGCUAAUAUCAGUAGUUAUGGCGGCUGAUGCUGCCGCACGCUAGUCAGUUGAAAUGUAACAGGACUAACUAAAGGAACCUGGAAAAUACACUAAAAACAAAAGUGCCGCACCAAACCCACCUGGCGGCUCCCACACUAAGCCCACGUCAUGUCUAUCCUUGCCAUUUCAGUGCUGCUGCAGGAAGACGACGCUCACAAGUGUUGCUGAACUUCCACUUCUGCUCAAACUGAAGUCAUCACAAGUUACAAUAAUUUUUUGGGGGAAAAAAAAAAAAAAAACCCCGAGUCUUUCUUCAAGCUGGUUUAAUCGCAGUUAUUGAUUCAGUGUUUCUUACUCAAACAUUUUAUACCUCUGCACUUUUUUUUACUUCACACACAUAUAUACAUGUAUAUAUCUAUUUUUGUUUUUUGCUUCUUUCUCUAGGAUCAGUACAUAGUGCUGUGGUUUGUGACUCUUUGAGCUAUUAAGAAUAUUUUCCUUUGUUACCCUUCCUGUAGUUGUGCAUGUGUUUGUUUUUCUUUGUUUUUAGAGAGUGGCGCUUCAGCACAAGCAUAUUAUGUGCGACAGUCAACUUAGGAUAUUAAUGAGCUUUAUGGGCUUGUUUUUUCAUGUUGCUAUUUUUAUUAUUUGCUAUUGUUAAACUGCCAUGUUUUAAACAAAAUCCAGGGUGAGCAAUUCUGGGAUUUUUUCAUAUAUUAUUCUUAGGAAUAGUUCAAUGUAACAAGGAGAAACUUGACGUUGUUCUGGUUUUAAAAGGUAGAUAGGCACUUGAAAACCAUGAAUAAAACGAUUAGUAUUACCUACACGAUCCAGGAUUCCUGGAUGUUUUUUUUAUUUAGUUAGUAUCCCUGAGAAACAGAAUUUUUUACAAAUGCAAAGAAUAAAUUCCAAAUUGGAAUUGUUUCAUUCUCUCUUUGUUUAUCGUGCCAUGUCUUGGUACAUUUAGGUAAUUAUAUAAGAAGAUUUGCAGAAAUGUGCAGCUCAGCAGCCUGCUGUUCAAAGCCUUGCAUUAUUUUACUGUUUGUUAUUACCAGUAGUGCCUUUAAAUAAUUUCAAGGGAGAAUAUUAUGUUAGUUUUCUUUUUUUUUUUUUUUUUAAGGAUGUAGGGAAGAGAAAUGUUUUAAAACGUGUUACAAAAAGUCAACAUUAGUAGCAAUAAGUGCAAGCAGAAUUCCCCUUUUUGCACAGGUAAAAUCGUAGUCUUAAUUUUAGUAAAAAGUUAAUUGUAUGAAAUUCUGUUAAUCAGUGAUCCUGCAAACAUGCAGAACCUUGCAGAUUCAGGGGCGUGUUAAAAACUUUUUUUUUUUUUUUGUUGUUGUUUUGUUCUUAUAAUUCUACACUUUUUGGGAACCAAAUAACUGUAACUGUUUUUGGGCUCCUGAGGAACAAAAGGAAUUCAAUUCUUUGAACACAUCUGUGGUUGUAGGACAAGAGGACUUGUUUGGAUGUUACUAUAACUCUCGCUUUGUUUGGUGAAGGUCAUGUGAUCUCUCAAUAGUAUUGGUGGAGAAAGUGAACGGGACGGGGGGGUUGGGGGCAUGUUGUAGGCUUGUUUUCACUUGAUACCCUGCUUAACCCACCUGCGUGAUUUCAGGAAACAGAAAACAAGCUCUGCAUCAACAAGCCGUCACUGGGCUGUUUGUUGAGGCAUUUCAAAGGAAAUUAAUAAUGCGGUUGGAAAGAUUUUUAGGAUGUUUUUUGUUUUACUCAAAAUUAAGUGCAAUUUUAAUGCUAUUUCAAGUAAAGAAAAAAAGUUUUCUGUUUGCUGGAAACGAUAGCAUUGUGAUUACUAGGCGUGCAAACUUUAUAUUGUCAUUUUCUGUUACAGUAUUGAUUCAUAUAAGAAUUUGAUACCUUUAUAUGAGAAUAAUUACUUUGCCUGUAUGGUGGUAUUUAUUUAAAAUGAUGUCAUGCAGUACUGUAUUAUUUUUAUGUGCAUUACCAUUAGUGACCUUUCGGUCUCAACUUAAUGUCAUUUGCAUGUACACCAGCCAAGGGACCUUUACACAGAUCCAAAAUAAAUGUAUGGCAACAAAUGUAAACUGAAUUAAACAAAUGAGAAAAAAAGUGUUAAUCUUUUGUAUCUUGACUAAUCCAAAAAUAUGGUCUUGUUUUUAAUAAUACUAGAAAGGCUAUCUGUGUAAAGGUAGGCUUUUGGCUUUAUCAAUAAAUGUGACUAAAAACUCUU